AUGCAGCCACCACCCAGAAAGGUAAAGGAGAGCCAACAGGUGAAACUGCUGUUCUCAGAGCAGCUCAGCAAAUUACAGACAAAACAGCAUCAGGACACAGAACUGCUGGAGGAGAUCAGGACUUUCAGUAAGCAGCGAGCAGCUAUAGAGAAAGAGUAUGGUCAGGCUCUUCAGAGAUUAGCAGUCCAGUCCCAGAAAAGAGACUGGCAAAGAGGAAAUACAGAUGCUAUCACAUCUGGAAGUGUGUUUGGUGUGUGGCGGUCAGUGGUAGAUGUUACAGCUCAGUCUGCAGCAUUACGACUAGCUGCUGCAGAGGAAUACCGAAAGCUGAUUGGACAAGCAUCCAGAAGUCAUCGCAAUGCAAAGGACGUCCGAACUAAGAAAGGCCUGGAGCAGCUCCAAAGGGUACAAGGGGAAGUGGUGGAUGCUUUGCAGGAGCUCCACGGGAUCAAGAAGAGCUACCACCAACUCAGUCAUAAUGCCAAUGUUGCCAGAGAGAAAGCUGCUGAUGCCCAGACCAGAGCCAGAAAGAGUGAACAUGGGAUUUUCCACUUUAAAACAGGAAUACAUAAGAUGACCACGAAGCUCAGUUCCAGGUUAAGAGAGUGCGACAACCGCUUGACUGAAGUUCGUAAUGAGUAUCUGCUGACGUUAUCAGCAGUCAACGGCCAGUAUCAACACUACUACACUGAUGACUUGCCACAUAUUAUGAAGCAAAUGGACGGUGAUGAUUACGAUGAUUUAAGGAGCCAUUUUACCCUGCUGUGUGGAACAGAGAUGGACACCUGUCUGGCUGUACACAAACUAUACAGUACAGUAUGGGAGAGUGUUGCUAAGGUGACCAGAGAAAGAAACGUUCUGCAGUUUCUCCAAGAAUCUAUCUUCUUCAGCAAAAUCCCCGAAUUCACCUUCCAGCCAGCUUCACAUGACAAGGUGUCUUCUCUACAGGAGGUUUGUGCUUCAGAAGCAAAGGGCUGGCUGGUGAAGGAGGCCAAGAAAUGGGCUACAAAAGCUGCUAAAGACUACAAGAUCAUCACCCAUGGAGAAAGGGCUCUACAGAUGUUAGAGAGACGGUUGAAGCUCUUAUCAGGGGAGACGGGAUUCAGUGUGGAGCAGAAAAUAGCAGAGGUGCAGGACAGUGUCAGGAAAGCCAAGCUCAGCAAGGUGAAGGCAGAAGCCCGUCUGACUUUGAUGUCGAACAGCGUCACAGGAAUUGAGCUCUGGCUUCACAACGCCAUGAACCAGGCAGAAGAGGAGCUGGAGAGAGAGAGACACCUCAGUGAACAGAGGAAGUCUACUGAGGACUUUUCAGAGGAUGAGUUUGAGCUGACUGAAUUUGAGGACUACGAUGAGAAUGGAGACAUCUUUGCAGAUCCAGUGUCAGCAUCUGGAGUUUGUAUUUACCCUGUAGCCUGCAGAGUGGUCUAUGGCUAUCAGGCCAGCCAGUCAGAUGAGCUGUCAAUUGUGGAAGGGGAGGAGCUUCAAGUAAUUGAGGAUGGAGACAUGGAGGACUGGCUGAAGGUGUGUAACUCCUGUGGUCAGGUGGGGUAUGUUCCUGAACGUUAUGUGCAGUUACUGUGUCUACCGGCAGAGGAUACCACUCAACUAAACAGUUCUUUCAGCGCCAACUCAUCCACCGGGGAUAAAGAUAGGGCACGGAGCAGAGGUGUAGCCAGAGCUCUGUACUCCUACCAGGCCCAGAGUGCAGAGGAGCUUUCCUUCCAGGAGGGGACACUAAUUCACCUGAUUUGCUGUCAACACGCAGAGGUGGAUGAUGGGUUUUGGGAGGGAGAGUUGAAUGGACAGAUCGGUCUCUUCCCAUCGUUGGUGGUGGAGCUUGUUCAUAAUGAAGGGGAGGUGGAGAAUAAGGAGGAGCCUCUCCCACCUACUUCCACGGCUCCUUCCUCUCCCUCCUUCCCACUCCCUUCCAACCCUGGCUGUAGUUUAGCUCUUAGUGCUACUCCCCCUGGCUGGGUAGGGAACAAACAGCAGGUCUUUACCCCAAGGCUCCCAGACAACUCAAUUGACCAUGCGGACAGCAACCGCAAUUCUCCAGACUUCUCCAGCAGUCGACUAAGACCGUGUCGAGCUCCUCCUCCUCCUCCAUCACAGAAGCCUUCACCUCAAUCUUGA